AUGGCAGAAUUUUUAAAGCAUUUGAAUUCUAUAAGUGUUUCUUCUGAAAGACUUAUUGAACCUGAGCAGAAACCGGCUACGAGAUUUACUGAUGCUCUGCUUCAUGUGAAUUCAAUUACAGAUUUAAUUCGAGACGCUGAGAAAGAAGAAUUAAUCACCGCUGAAGCGACAUCUUUACCAAAAGGAAUCGAGGAAAAAUUCAACUCGGAGAGUCCUGCAGAUCACGUUGCUUGCAUUGAAGAAUUGUUGGAUAUUUACCCUAUGCAAGGCGGACGAGAAUAUUUGGAAGCCUUAGUUGAGAAGUACAAUACACAUAUGACCUCUUUGGAAAAUCUGGAAAGAGUACUAAUAGAACAAAAGGAAAGAUUACAUUUGUUUGAACAAAGACAGAAGGAUCAAGUUUCUGCGAGAGAAAACAUAUUACAGCGUGAAAAUUCUGAAAUACAAAGACUUGAAAACGAAAUUGAAAGGGUAAAACUAGAGCUGGAAAGAUAUUCUUAG